AUUAUGUUUAUUAUGUAAUCUUUUUACAUUUUUAUAGCAAUAUAACUAAUGAAUGGAAUGUAUUAAAAAUAAUAAUGUCUUUGGGAAACUGAUUGAAACCAAAUCUAGGUGCUUGUAACUGGUCUAGGACAAUCUUGCAAAAAUGGCAGCACCAAUGGUUGUAGUAUUUAUAUGGAGUUUACUUCUCUCGUCUGUAAGAGCAAGUACACAUUGGGUUGUGACUGAAGAAGGAAAAGUUCAAGAACAGUUGGAAUCUGCAUUUGUCAUCAAGCAACCCCAUGACCUCGUUGCCUUCAUGAAACAGGAAAAGAAUUUUGUUGAAAUGCGGAAAAUUAAAGAAGUUCUCAUGGUUGAAAAGAAAGAUAUUGAAGAUAAUGAAGACAAACAAUUUGACUUGGAAGAAAAGCACUAUAAGAAAGAUGAAGAUUGUAAAGCAGCUGGUCAACAACUUGGAGAUUUUGAUCUUUUUGUAAGUUCUGUUCUUCCAAUGGAGAAUAAAGAUAUCCAGGUAUCGGAUCUCAUCGAUUUCUCCAAUCCAGAGACAGGAACAUAUCUUCUGAAACCAGACUGCGCUAAAUAUUAUGAUUUACAACCAAGUGAGAAGGUGUACGAUUAUCUGGAGGGAGUGAAGAAUCGUGAAUAUCUUCACUCAUAUCAAGCUGAAUCUGGAUUGAAAACAACAAUGAAGUAUAUGGAGAAUGAAAAUGAACUAGCAAAUGCCAUUAAUGAUGCAUUGAAAAAGAAUUCCACAUCUUGGGUUGCAUACAAUAUUGCAACUCUGUAUUGGAGAAUGAAGGGAGAUGCAGAAAAAGCAAUAGAAUGUGUUCGAAGAGCUUUACAUUUCUCUCCAAAUGAUUAUAAAGAUGUUGCUCUUGUCAAUCUCGCCAACGUUCUGCACAGGUCUCGUUAUUCGACAAAUGCUUCAACUGUAUUGGAAGAUGCACUGGAAAUAUCUAGUCUGAAUGUCAUUCAUUUUACACUUGGAAGCAUUUAUGCUGCUCUCGGAGAAUUUGUUCCUUCCAUUUCUCAUUAUGAGAAAACAUUGAAAGGACAACCAGAGUUCGGUGCGGCAAAGAAAAGACUCAAUGCAGUCAAAUGUCAAUAUAAGUUACAGCUCAAGCUCGAAGCCCAGCAUGAAAGUCUUCAGAGAACUCUUCGUGAAUUAGAAGCAUACCAAGAAAAACAUAAAAAAUAUAUUGAGAUCUAUCAAAACAUUGAGAAACUUCAACUCACAAGGCAGGAACAAAUUAACAUGCAUUUUCUUCUCAUGCAAUUUCUAAUCAAAGAGGGAAAAUUUGAUCAUAAAUUGUGUAAAGUUCGAUCACAUGAGAACGGACCUGUUAUGUUCUGUAAUUUACCUAAAGCGGAUCAAGAAAAACAUGAUGAUGAUUUGGUUCCAAAUAUAAAUUCGGGAACAAAAUCAGAUGAAGAAUACAAAUCCACACAAGGAGAUGCAGAUAAUUCUGAAGCAUCUGUUAAAACAGAGACAAAUCAAGGAGGAAAAACUGAGAAGGCUGAAGAAGACAGAAGGGGUCAUAUUUCAAAUGCCCAACCGACUAAUUUUGCAAGUGGAUUGAAUGCAGGGACUUUUCAACAACCUGAAAAUGUUGGGAAAAUUGAUUUCAGUAAUUGGCAUGAACAAAGUUGGCCAAGUGAAGAAAUAUGUUCAGAACACGCACCGAGAACAUUAGCAUGGGAUGAAUAUCCUUCUACUUAUAUCAAUCCUGAAUCUAGAGGUUUUUCUGUCGGUGAUCUUUCUGGACGUACUAUAUAUUCGGCAAAUCGAAGAAAGGUAGAAAAUCUGCCAAAACCAUGGACAGAAUUAAAUUGUGAAUCUUUAGAACCAGUCUGUGAAAAAUCUUCUAUCGAUAAGAUUCAAGGAGUUGCAGACCGGCAUUCUGCUCCCAUGCACAAGAAAGAUGAUUAUAUGCUCAGAGAAUUAUUAUUACAUUUGAAUGAGGGCCGAGUUUGGCCAGGUGAUAUUGCACACAGGAUACAAGCUGCUAUUAAAAAGUCACUAAGUCGAAAGGACAAGGACAAGAAUCUCUGGUUGUUAUACAAUUUUGCUGGUCUAUACUUCCGUGUCCAAGGAGACAAUUUAAAAGCUGUUGAAUGCAUUAGAAGAGCUGCUCAUAGAACUCCGGCAGAACAAUAUGAUAUUCCACUCGUAAAUCUGGCUAAUAUAAUGUACAGGUUAGGGAAAGUUAAUGACGCUUUGACACUCCUUAUUGAAGCACUGGGGAUCAAUCAAACUGAGCCUAUUACCUAUCUCGCUGUUGGAAAUGCACUUCAUGCAAAGGGCAAUAGCACAGGAGCUGCUACUUUCUACAAAUACGGAAUAUUUUUAAAUCCACAAUAUAAAGAAGAUUUAUAUGCGUUAUUAAACUCAAGAUGUGCUGCUAUACGUGAAAAGAAAUUGCAUGAAAAAAUGAACAUCAAAACGACAAACGAUGAUGAGGAAGCUGAGGAUUGUCAAGUUGAUUCAUCGAAGUGCUCAUUUGGUUCACCCCCUACAUCUUCAUCAUCUCUUGGACAUGCAGUUUCUGCUAAUUUAGAACAGAUUUACAGAACAGAAGAAAGAGAUGAUGGUACAGAAAUGUAUACAGUACAUACAUUCUCAUCUCAUGAAUGCCAAUUGGUAGCAGUAACACAAAGAGGUGUGACAACUGAUUGUGAUAAUGUAUCAGAUAAAAAUGAUCUAGUGCAAAGAUUAGAAACAACAAAAGAGAACGCUGACAAGAUAUUGCAUGAUGCUGAUAAUGUAAUACAAAGAUUGUCUCAUGUUGCUAAAGAUAGUGCUGAAGAGCUGAGCCUUCGGGUAUCAUCAGCUCGUCAGAUCAUGCAACAAUUAUCUCAAAUGAGAGACAAUCUCGGAACUUUGGUUGAGGAAGCAAGUUCUACUUUGGAUACCGUCAGUAUGCAGACAAAACCUCUGUUGAAAACUGAUCUCAUGCCGUCAUCAAGAGAUUGUGCUCAUUUUCUUCACAGCGUUGAUUUGAGAUCUUAUUUGAGUUCUAAUACUGAUGUUAGUGCAAGGGGAUAUGACUUUACCGAAGAACUUCCAUCACUAGGAUUAAAAACCACAUCAGGAUCUGAGGAACCAUAUUGUGAUGCCCCGACCUCUUCUGCUCAGUAUAAUGUUGAUCAUUUAAAAUCGGUCAUAAACAGAGAUAGUUAUAUGAAGUAUGAUGAGGAAUAUGGAAUGGAAAUUCUUCUGAAACAAACAAUAUCUUCUGAUGAAGAAAUUUCAACAAUUGUUCAACAAUUGUCCAAAGGAAUAAAGCAACAUCCUACAUCAUGGAAGCUUGCUUUUUUGUCUUCUUAUUAUUGGAGACUUAAAGGGAGAGCGAAAGAAGCAAUAGAUUGUCUUAGGUUGUCAUUGUCCACUGCACCAUUGGAGAUGAGAGAUGUAGUUUUGCUUGGACUGGCAAAUGUAUUUGCACAGCUAUCACAAUGGAAAGAUGCAAUUCAUGUAACAAACCAGGCAAUUCUACUGUAUCCUGACUACUUUCUAUACCAUUUCACAAAAGCAAACAUUUUAGCUGCCAUGGGUGAUAUUCGCUCAUCAAUUCCAGUCUUCAAGCGAACGCUCGACCUUCAGCCAACAUUAGAGAUUGCGAAGAGGAGAAUACAAGCAGCUAUAUGUGAAGAUCUCAGAGCUGGACCUACUGGUGUUCAUUGAAUUUAAGUUUUUUUACUGCUUUGUGCUUUUUGGAAAGUUUAAAAUUAAACAGUUUUAUAUUAUAACCAAAAUUUUCAGAAAUAAAUAAGUCGCAUGGCUAUUGUUGUA